GGUGAAACCUUAGUACCAGGUGGGAGUGUCGCUCACCGUCCAGACGGUAACAGGUGCUGCUCGCUGCAUAAAAAACUAAAGAGACCGAAAGGUGGAUGUAAUGCGGGAGUUGGAGGUGGAAGAUGACCGGUAGGAAAGUUUAAAGAAGUUUGUGCGAGGCAGGCAGAGGUGAAAAGUUUCGACCCAACAGUUGCUCCAUGUGAAACCCGUCAGCAGAGACCGUGAGCUGCCAAUCAUGAAGAGGAACAAGCAGAUAGACGUCAGGCGAGCCCUCGCUCUGGCCGGAGCCUUCAACUUCCUGUGCUCCUGCGCUAGCGCCUGCCUCCUCCCCUUCCUCACCCUGUACUUCAGACAGCUGGGCCUGACUGCCGCCAUGACGGGCGUCGUCAUGGGCACCAAGCACCUCGUAGCGCUGGUCUGGAGCCCCGUGGCGAGCCUGCUCUCCAAACACUACGACAAGAGGCGAGCGGUGAUAAACGUCUCUCUCGUGUGUUCUGCGGCGGCGGCUCUGGUUCUGCUGCUCAUCCCGCCCACAGAUGUGCACACGCAGACCUGUAACGUGUCUGAUCUGAGCGGCGGUGACCUGCUCAGGAGCAGCGUUGCACCUUCAGCAUCGUCAGCUAGAACUAAUAUCAGCGCAACUCCUGUUUCUCAGUCUGGUGUAACUUUACCUGCAAAGACGCUCGCUGAUACGAAAUCUGCUCCUGUUUCGACGAGCAAAUCUGCGCUCGAUCAGCAUGACACAUCCCAUCCUCCGCCAUCACAAGAGAGUGUAUCAGCGGCGGCUCACGACAGUGCUGGAGAACCAAAGGCCAGCUCUUUGGCGGCUCCAGCGAGGAACAAGAGGUCCGAAGAAGGGGAAGAGAUAAGAGAGGAAGAGGGGAAAGAGGGCCGUUAUGAAUUUCUGGGCAGCCUGAAGGCGAUGGACACUCAACACCAGCUCUUCUUCUUGAUCCUCAUCAUUGUGUCGGCGUGGGAGGCGAUGUCAGCCCCUCUGGAGUGGACGGCAGACGACGGCCUGUACGAGUAUCUAGACUUCGCGGAUGCUGCGGACCGCUACAGCGGCACCAGGGUGUGGGGUUUACUCGGAGCGGCAUGUGGCGUCGGAGGAGCGGGUUUGCUGGUCAGCCAGUUACGUUGUCUAAUAGCUGGUCAGAUCCCCAGGAGCGCGGCGCAUUUCUACUGCUACACCGCUCUGGCGGCUCUGACCCUGCCCGUGGCGGCCUACCUCCCUCUCUACCUGAACAAGAAGCGAGAUCGAGCCAACGGGCUCCUCAAGGCCGUGCAGCUGGUGCGCGGCUCCCCCCGCGCUCUGCUGUGCGCCGUCACCACCCUGCUGGUCGGGGCAGCGGGCUCGGCCGUGGAUAACUUCCUCCUGUGGCAGAUGCAGGAUCACGGGAGUGGCGAGCUGCACAUGGGGCUGUCUCUGGCCCUCGCUCUGCUCUCGCAGGCCGCCUUCCCGAUUCUGCUGGCCGGCCGGGUGUCCAAGCUGCUCAGCCCGGGAAGGAUGCUCGCCGUGGCGGCUGCGAGUCUCGGGUUGCAGUGCUUCUAUUACUCCUUCCUCUGGGGACCGUGGGCGGCGCUGCCCGCUCAGGUGUUGAGCUGUUUCAGCAGCGGGGCCCUCUGGUGGGCUGUGAAGGUCCAGUGCGAGGAGGUCACUACGCCCGGAGCGGAGAGGAGCGUGACGAGGGUCUACAGUGCUCUUUCUCUGCACCUGGGGAGCGGGCUGGGGAGCUUUGCCGGAGGGUUCGUGGUCCAGAGGUUUGGGCUGGCAUGGCUGUUCCGAGGAGCGGCAGCGGUUGUGACGGUGUGGUGUGUGUGUCUGCCUCUGCUCCAGUGGAAAGCCCCCCGCCAGCGCAGGAUUAACUAUUCUCGCCUUUUGGCGGCUGAUGCAAGUGAAGCCAGUGACUCUGAGUCAGAACAGGAGAGAGACUGGCUUGAAAAAGCAAUGGAAGACGACAGAAGCAAUAACAACCAUGGAAGGAGGGUAAACCACUGAAGUGUGAAAGUACAAAAGGACGCUUCAAAGAGUGCAGCAGACAGAAGACAUUUUAACUCUUUAUCAUCAAGUAGCACGGUCCAAAGCAGGAUAAGGGAUUUCCUACUCUGACAGGUUUAAUUGGAAUAUAAGUUCUGACUUUUAACUCUCAUUACUGCUCAUAACUUUUUCAUCAAAUUAAAAGAGGACCUAUUUUGCUUUUU